UUUAGUAUAUAAGGAAGAGUUUAGUGGAUUUUUCGUAUUGUGAAAUAUUCAAAGUCGUUGCUAAAUAAAAGUGAAAAUGAAUCAUUUUUCAUUUUUAAUUUUGACUGUCAGUUGUAUUUUUAUAAUACCUUCUUACGCAGAUCAGAAUACUGCUGAAUUAAAUCGGUUAAUAGAAAAUUUGACUGCAGAAAAGAAAUAUUUGGAAGAAAAAAUAAGGGAUGCGGAUAGUCAGAAUUCCGGGGCAGCGACAAAAACUUUCAUGAGUUCUAAAAUACGUGAACAAGCUGAGUCAAAUAAGAGGGGAUGGGAGCAACAACACAAGGAAGUGGAAACAAUGAUUGAGAAUCUACAGAAAGUAAAAGAAAAACAAGAAAAUAGAAAAACUACUCAGAGACCAAUUACUAGUGGGAAAGAAGGAUCCUCAUGUAUGAAUACAUUGGCCACCGUGUUAUGCUCCUUGUUCUCUUCGUUAUGCAUUUUUCAAUACUUACUUUAUAUUUAAAGUUAUAGUUUUCUUUUCUUAUACGAAAUUAAUUACAAUUUUCUUUAUAAAAAUGUGGAUUUUCAAUUCUUUUACAUACAUCGUUCUUUUUUAAGGUUGAAUUUUGAUUGUAAACUAAAAUUGCAUUCACUAUUGUAUUUGAAUAAAUUAAUGUUGUUAAUAUGAAA